UAACUUGUAAAUGUGUGCGCAAUGAACAUUAUAAAAGCAAAUUUGUGAAAAAUCUGAAAUUCUGUUGUCCAAGUAGCGAUUGUUAAUUUUUCAUUUAAUAAUUUUUGUUAAAAAUAUUUAUUGGCUAAUAAAAAAAAAUAAUAAUAAUGUUUAAGUUAAUUAAAUUAAAUUAUGUUCGUAGUUGUAUUCAUAUACCAAAUAAUUCUUAUGCAUCACCUAGUGGAAUUAUUUCAUUGGGAAAAUCUAAAAAAAAACUAGGCAAAGGUGGUCCAGUUUUAGAAAAAUCUGAAAUUCCUGUUGAAACUGAUGCAAAAAAAUUAGUUAAUUUUGUAUGCGGAAGUAAUAUAUUAAAAGAAGGGCAAGAUAUAGAAAUAAAACCUGAUUCAGAAUAUCCGGAUUGGCUUUGGAAUUUGAAUAUAGAUGGACCAGUACCAUUACAAAAAUUGGAUCCUAAUUCAAAACAAUAUUGGCUCAGAGUACGGAAAUUAGCAAUGAGAAGAAAUAAUUUGUUAAAUAAAUUAAAAAGGUUUUAGGCAUAUAAUAUAAUAUGAUAGAUUUAUAUAUAGUGAUUACAUUUUUUAUCAUUUAAUAAAAAAAAAGUUGAAUAUCUUGA